AAAAACAAUGUAGGUGGGGUUGAAUCAAUUCUACAUAACCCAAAUGCAACCUACACGAUUGUCACACAUUAUAUGAUGUCAACAAGCUACAUAAGCACCUAACAGCUGGGUUUUAUGACCAUAUUAUGGCAAAGUAGCAUUUCUGUCCAUUUGCCUCUAAAGACUUGUUUGCCCUUAUCUGGGUGUCCAAGGAGACCAAUAACAAACGGAUCUGUGGAUUGCCUAAUGGAAGACUUCACACUCAGUGGCAUCACCUCUAAUGGCCUGAUAGAAAAGAAAAACACUAUCUCCUCAAGCUCAUUGUUGACACAGUCGGUCGGGGAUGGUGGACACUGGGCAAAGAAGAGGGAGACGGCACGUUGGCUCUGUAGUGAUGGCCGCUGAAGAGAACCAAGUGGUCCUGUCUCUCCUCUGUGCUUUUGGGACCUGGUACAACAACUCUGGCCACGCUGAGAGACAUAGCAGAAUCUCCUCUGAGACCAGUGGCAACACCUCAGACAAGACAAACACGACUACCAACUCCUUCCAGAGACAGGUGGAGCUGUUCACCCGCGAGUGGCACGUCUUCCUGCCUCCGCGCCAAUCCAUGGCCAUGCAUGUUUGCCCCAUCCUGGGCUUCCUGGCGGUUUCUCUGGUGAUUCCUGUCAUCCUCACCCGAAUCCUGACCAGCCCCUGGAUGCGCCAGGAGACCCGCUACCUCCUCCUCGCCAAUGCGUUGCUAAGCGACAUGCUGUUCGUGUCGCUGUACAUGGUGAGUGCCUGUCUGAAUGCGACGGGCGUACUGAUGUCAGAGUGGGCAUGCUCUACCAUCCUCUUCCUGCUGGGGUUGCUGUACUGCGCUGGGAUCUUCAGUACCAAGGCCAUGGUGCUGGACACCUCACUGGCUGUGAUGGCUCCACUUCGAUACUACGCCCUGUGGCCCGUCUCCAGGACGAGGAGGGCGAUCGCUGGUAUCUGGGCUGUGUCUAUUUUCUUACCAGCAGCGUCUGUAGGAGUGCUUGUGUGGUACCACUCUACUGGACCCUGUUCCCUACACAUUUGCUCCCUGCCCCUCCUGCUGGUCCUCACCAUCAGCCAGUCCACUCCCAUGCAGGUGUCCAUGCUGCUGGCAGUCACAGGCGUCCUCCUCAUUCUGCUCCUGGUCUUCUCUGGCUAUGUCAUUCUGUACUGUCGCACCCGCAUGUCUGGCGUGUGGAGAGGUGAACGCUCCUCCCGGGCCAAAGGCACAUUCCUCAUCCACUACCUCCACCUCAUCCUGUCCUUCCUGCCCAUGUUGGUGCUUCUCAUCAAGCUACUGCUCUACUGCCACCUUGAUGCCCUGGACCUGCGUGCCAACCUGUGGGUGUCCCUGGUGGUGUGUAACAUCCUCCUGGUGCUCCCCAAGGCCCUGGCUCCCUACCUGUACGGCCUCAGGUACAGGCACCUGUGUGAAGCCUUGUUGGCCUUUUAUGGGCUGAAGCGGCCCACCGCCGUCUCGCCUGUCUUGUGAGAAU